UCUGUCCCUUCUCCCACUUUCCUUCUUUUUCUUCCCUCUCCCUUCUCCCUCUUUCGUCUCUCCCUCUUCCCCCCCCCCCCAAGAACUGACAAAGAGCAAGGACGGAAACUAAAAACAAGAGAGUCGGAGAGAUACGCAAAAUAGAGAGACUUAGAGGAGAGAGACACAGAGAAGAGACCUUGAGACAAACACAAAGACCAAGAGAGAUUAAAGAGAGGAAAAGAGAGAAAGAAGAGAUACCUGCAGAGACACAGGGACAGCAGAAACAGAAAAAGUUAUUCUGAGUCAGUGACAGAACCUAAAAAAGAUAGAGACCAGAGAGAGAGAGAGUUAGAGACAGGCGGGGAACUGUGAAAACCAGGGCUCUUGGGGAGGGGCGAGUUUGGAGGAGCUAGGCACCCCAGAGGGAGGGUCUUCCAAGGGACAGCACACAAGGCGACUCUGAGAUGGAGAAUGGGGAGCAAGAGACCCUUGAAGAUGGGGACUUGGAGGAGGACACAGCCUUGGCCCUUCAGCGUCUUGUUGAUCUUACAGCCAGUAUGGUGACUCCUGUUCGGACCCUGAGGUCUCGCUACCGACUGGUCCAGGAGUUGGGUGCUGGCACCUAUGGUCGCGUCCUCCUGGCAAGGCCCCGUCGAGGGGGUCCCCCUGUUGCCCUGAAGCUGCUCCCACGGGCCUCUGCAUCCUGGACCACUUUCCUUCGGGAGUUCUGUGUGGGUCGCUGUGUGUCCUCACACCCAGGCCUGCUCAGCACCCUGGCACCCCCACUGCAGAGCCCCCGCCACUAUGCCUUUGCCCAGGAAUACGCACCCUUCGGGGACCUCAGUGGAAUGUUAGAGGAGAGGGGCCUCCCAGAGCUCCAACUGAAGCGAGUGGGGGUCCAGUUGGCCAAAGCCCUGGACUUCCUGCAUUCCCGGGGCCUGAUCCAUGCCGAUGUCAAGCCUGACAACAUCCUGGUCUUUGACAGAGCCUGCCACCGAGUGGCCCUGGGGGACUUCGGGCUGACCCGGCCAGAGGGCUGCCCGGCCCCUGCCCCGCCGGGCCCCCUACCCUCGGCACCUCCCGAGCUCUGCCUCCUGCGGCCCCCUGAUACCCUGGCCCUCCGGCCCGAGCUGGACUCCUGGGGCCUAGGAGUCCUCCUCUUCUGUGCCGCCACUGCCUGCUUUCCCUGGUCCGUGGCCCUGGCUCCUGACCCCGAGUUCGAAACGUUUGCUGCCUGGCUGACAGCUCGUCCCCAGCCAGCUUCGCCACCCUAUCCCUGGACCCAGUUCUCUGUGGCUGCGCAGACCCUUCUGCGAGGGCUCCUGGCUCUCGAGCCAGAGAGCAGGAGCCACCCAGCAGCUGUCCUGGACUGGGCUGGGGAGGACUGGCUGGUGGGGGGCGCCAGGGCAGAGGAUGAGGAGGAGGGGGAGGAGGGAAGCAGUGGGGGAGGGGGGGACGAGGAGGCCAGCUUAGAUGAGGCCUCAGAGGAAGAGGAGGGAGCUCAGCAGGGGACAGGACGAUAGGGACAGCCCAGGGGACUCCCUGACCAGGUGGUGAGGCAGGUGGUCUGGGCUACAGCCAAGUUCUCCCCUCACAGGCCGCCCGCCCCCGGACAGGGGCCACCUGGACUGAGGAGACAGCUGGUGUGGGGGGUGAGGGGGGGGAUGAGAGGUGACCUUUCUCACCUCCUUGAAGCCCAGACCCAGGUGCACGGUCCCUUGGCCCUGCCUCACUCAAGAUGGGGCAGAAGAGGGGCUUGGCUCCCCUCCUGUCCUGGGAGGGACUGCUGGGAUUGGAGAC